AUGUCCAAUUUCAAAUUACUUAUGAAAAUGCCUCAAUCAAAACUGGCUUCUAAAUGUUUAGCUCUUGAAGAAUUAUUAUAAAGGUAUUAUGAAUUUGAAACAGCUCAUUACGAUUUAUAAAGCAAAUAUCAAAUCUUAUUAGAAAAAUAUGAGAGUAUUUGCAAAAAAGGUUAGUAAACUAAUGACCUUCAUACAACUGCAAGUUAAUCAAAUAAAAAAGAUAAAUCAGAAAUUGAAAUUGGAGAUAGAAUUGAAAUUUAUGCGUUGGAGGAUAUUGAAACUAACCAAUUCAUUAAAAGUCUUUAAGAUUAAAAUUUGAGAAUGCAAGAAUAGUUAAAAUAGAGUCAAAUUGAAUAUGAAAAAUUAAAAUUUAAGUAAAUAUUAAAGUAACAUUAGAUUUGAUCAAACAUAUUCAUCUCCUGAGAAAGAUAAUUAAGAAGGUAUAAUUUCAACUUUUAAGUGUGAAAUAAGCCGACUAAAUAAAUUAGUAAUUGAAAUUUAAAUAUUUAUAGGUUUCAUAAUUAAGAUUAGAGAUUAGUAAUUCCAAAACAAGAGAAGUGGAUGAAAAUUGGCUAAGAUAACAGCUUAAUUAAUAAGAAUUAUUAAAAUAAGGAAAAUUAUUAAGUCCAUAGUAUGAAUCAAAUGAAGUAACAGAAUUGUGA